AUCCUGGGUAGAGCGCUGUCAAAUUUUACCACGACGGGGCAGGACGUUUAAGCCAAACAGUCUCCUAAACGUCGCUUUGUGACUCGUACAGUCAGUCCCUAGAUUCCAUUAUGCGGAACAUGAACCAUCUCCUGAUACCCACCCUGCUGCUCCUCCUGGCACUUCCUGUCUCCAUGGUACGCUACAGUGAUGACUUUGAUGAUGGGGAGGACCUGGCUGACUUUGAUGACAAUGACUUUGCUGAAUUUGAGGACAUGAAUGAGGAUCCUGCUGCUGAGGCAGUGACAGCCCCUCCAUUAAGGGGCUCUCCCUCAGCUAAGCCUGAGGAGGAUGAGGAUGAAGAUGAAGCCACAGUGGAACUGGAGGAUGGGCAGGAUGGCUUUGAGGAGGAUUCAGAGACACAGGAUCAAGAUAUGUACAGUAAGUACGACCAAGAGGAGUUUGAGGGGAUUGGGGACAUGGAGAAAACCAGCCAUUCCAUGAAGGACCCCCUUAUAAUCCAUACAGUGCCUGUACAUUUGCAGAAUAGUUGGGAGAGCUACUACAUGGAAAUCCUGAUGGUGACAGGCCUACUGGCCUACAUCAUGAACUACAUCAUAGGCAAGAACAAGAACAGCCGAUUGGCUCAGGCCUGGUUCAAUUCCCACAGAGAGCUACUAGAAAGCAACUUUGCACUUGUGGGUGAUGAUGGUACCAGUAAAGAGGCCGUCAGCACUGGGAAGCUGAACCAGGAAAAUGAACACAUUUACAAUCUGUGGUGCUCUGGGCGUGUUUGCUGUGAAGGCAUGCUUAUCCAGCUCAAGUUCCUGAAGAGGCAGGACCUGCUCAAUGUUCUGGCCAGAAUGAUGAGACCAGCCUGUGAUCAAGUGCAAAUCAAAGUGACUCUUAAUGAUGAGGACAUGGACACAUUUGUGUUUGCUGUGGGUACCAAGAAGGCCAUGGCAAGGCUUCAGAAGGAGAUGCAGGACUUGAGUGAGUUCUGCAGUGACAAGCCUAAGUCUGGGGCCAAGUAUGGCCUCCCAGAUUCCAUGGCCAUUCUAACUGAGAUGGGUGAGGUCACUGAUGGCGUAAUGGACAGCAAGAUGGUACAUUUUAUUACUAACCAUGCUGACAAGAUUGAGUCCAUCCAUUUCUCGGACCAAUUUUCUGGUCCAAAAGUUAUGCAAGAGGAGGGUCAGCCCUUAAAGCUGCCUGAGACCAAGAAGACGCUGCUGUUUACAUUUAAUGUCCCUGGUAUGGGCAACACCUCUCCCAAAGACAUGGACUCUCUUCUCCCUCUCAUGAAUAUGGUGAUCUACAGCAUUGACAAAGUCAAGAAGCUCCGCCUUAAUAGAGAGGGCAAACAGAAAGCUGACAGAAACCGUGCCCGUGUGGAGGAAAACUUCCUGAAGCAGACACAUGCUCAACGCCAGGAAGCAGCUCAGACCCGCAGGGAGGAGAAGAAGAGAGCUGAGAAGGAGAGGAUCAUGAAUGAGGAGGACCCUGAGAGACAACGUCGUCUGGAGGAAGCUGCCCAACGCCGGGAGCAAAAGAAGAUGGAAAAGAAGCAGAUGAAGAUGAAGCAAAUCAAAGUCAAAGCCAUGUGAGAAAGGAAAGACCACUACAGGGAUAAAAAUGCAAGCAGUGCUCAGCUCAGACGGUUUCCCCAGCUUCUCUCACUGUAUUACACAGCUCUGACUCACAGUCUCUCCAGCACUCGGAACAUUUCUUGUAAUGGUUCAAGUUUAGCUGUUUCUGUCCUAAUGGAAGCAUCAGGUCCAACCAGUGUAGUUUACGGUUGGCUGUGAAUGGACUGGCAGUGCCAGAGGGAGAGAGACUGAUGAUUCUUCAGCAUCAAAUCUGUCGCAAACAAUUCAUGCCAUUUUUUUCCUUCCAACUAUCUUCCUCAAAUUUCAUCAAAGCUUUGUGUUAUGAAAGCCACAGUACUCGGUGAGCUUUUUAAAAUUUAAUCUACAGGGACGGAGCAAACCAUUUGUGGGUGACGAAUUGCUCACAUUUUAAAAGGAAUGAAAGCAUUUUCUGUGGUUUCGUAGGAAAUGUGUUCGCAUUAAAGUUAACUAUCUUGAAAAUGUUUAUUUAUUUCUAUUAUGUGACUGGUUACUCACAAGCUAUGUCUGUUUCUGAUGAAUGUCCGAGCAAACAUAAUAAAAUGCACUGGAAACUA